AAAAUUUUUAAAUUAGAUUUUAAUAUUAUUCAUAACGAAUCAAACAUUGAUUGAAAGUUAAUACAGCAAAAACACUGAUGUGAAUGUUUCUUUUUAAAAAUUUCGAUAAUAAGCCUUUUUGAAAGCUGUUUACCAUAAUUUCAAGUGAUGAACAGUCCAUAUGAUUUUAGUGCGAAAUUCAAGUCGAUCGUCCGCGCCACAUAAUUUUUAGAAAAUCAUAACGAGGAGGACCGAUCUGAGUGAUAUUCCUCUAAAUCAAGAAAUAGUUGGAUCCUAGCUUUGGCAAAACAAGUACAGUUUGCAUGAUAUCAUCUUGAGAAAGUCGUCAGCUGUCUAAAGGUCUCCUCCAGCUAGAGACAUAUAUUGGGUCUGUUUUUACGACCUUGCAUGCUGAAGCAAGUUUUGUUUGUGUGCGAUUGAAUAUUUUCAAGAUUCAUAUUUAUUUUUAUGCUGUAUAAUUUAUGCGCAUUUAGACAAAGAGACAGCUUAAUAGUGUUGUAUCUUGAGGGCGCAAUAAACCCACCAGAAGAAAGUUUGGGUUCAAAGGUGAGCAGUUGUUUGUCGUAGAGUCUUUCCGGAUCGGAGGAUUUGUGUGACCAGCGACCACUGCUGACUUGUUCCGCUCCGCAACUCUCGGAUCGCAAACAAAGGUCGAAAUUGUACACACGGCCUGAUUCUGGAAUAAGAUUACGCGAGCUGCUGGCAUCACAAUGACUAACAUGAGACCACCGAGCAAAAACGUACUGCUGAAGGUAGUAAUUUUAGGUGACGGAGGGGUUGGCAAAAGCUGCUUGAUGAACCGUUUCGUGUCCAAUUUUUUCGAUGCAAACAGUUUUCAUACGAUUGGUGUCGAGUUCCUCAAUAAGGAUAUUCAGGUGGAUAAUGAAAGAUUCACACUACAGAUCUGGGACACGGCUGGUCAGGAGCGGUUCAAAGCGUUGAGGACACCAUUUUACCGCGGAUCUGAUAUCUGUCUGCUUGCAUAUGCUGUAGACGACAAAGCCAGCUUUAAAGCGUUGAUACAAUGGCGUGAGGAAUUCCUUAAAUAUUACGACAUUAAAGCUGACCGUUUUCCAUUCAUAGUUGUGGGAACUAAAAAUGAUUUGCCUGUAGCUAAGCGACAAGUGACCUCAGAAGAGGUUUCUGAAUGGUGUCAAGAGCACAACGUAACCGCCUUUAUAGAAACAUCAGCCAAGACUUCUGAAAAUGUUUACGAAGCGUUCGCUUUGGCCGUGAAGCAGUGGCAAAAGUUGGAGAAAUGUACCGAGCGAGAACUCCGCGCCCAAGGCCAAGACACAAUUGAUCUAACUAAAGGUGUUAAUUUGAGAGCUAAUACUAACCGAUUUUGUUGUAUUGGAAGUAAUAACAAUAGCUCUAUGAUGCACGACGAUGAUGACUAUCCUAACUAAUGAUUACCUGCGGAGAUGGCAGAUAUAAAAGAAGUGCUGUUUUUCCCUGAUGGACAUGUCCACUUACGAUUGACUAUCAAAGCACUGGAAUUACCGGUUUGAAAUCGGCAACAUGUGAUAAGUAGUGAAACAAUGAAGAUAUACUGAAAUGGCUUGAGCAGCGUGAGAAAGUUGCAAUGUGCACUCGAAUAUUUUUAUAUCAAUCAACUUUACACGACGAAAGAUUUCCAAUUUCUCAAAUAGCCACAAUGAUGAUGCUACAAUAACAAUUUUAAUCCAAUCAGCUUAUAGUUUUGAAUAGAAGUAGCUUGAAUCGUAACUCUAUGAGCUUUGUAAAGUCAAAUAUAAAUCGAGACGUAUGCCGGACAUAUGGGAAAAUUGCAACGAGCAGCUAUUCUUUUUUUCGAUACAACAAACCAAUAUAUAUUUAUUAUUUCGUCCCUACAAGAUUUAGUUGUUAUUAACUUGUGUACUUUUGAUACGUAGACAUGUAUAUUUCAGUUAUUUAUGAUACUCUACAGAGAUAAAAAAAAAUUACAGAACACACUUAUGAUUUGUCUGAUGUAAAUUAUUUACUAUUUGAUUACAAAAAAAACUCAGAACACAUUCAGUGUAAGUUACUCGAAAAACAAGAUCAUCCAUAAUUCUCUUAGUUAUCAGACAAUAAAAAUGUCAUGUUCUAGGCAUUUCUUUAAAAAUCUUAGCUAGAAUUUGUAUUUUGCUAAAUGAAAGCAUUCCAGUCUAAAGGUCAACUUGCAAAUACCAAAACUAAGCUUCAUGUAGGAAAUGCUUCAGGACAUGUUUAACAGCAAAGUUGUAUAAUUGAUUUCGUUCUGAUUUGUGAUUGUAAGUGGUGCACGUAUUUUUGUUCUUUCAUCGCUAGCGACCAUUCAACCACUUUAGCGUGCCAGUUUACUGUUUACCGGAUUUGUUUUCUUACAGAGGUAGCUGUAAUUUUUUUAUUGUAGGUGCUAGAACAUUAAGAUAUAGCAAAUUAAUUAAACUCACAAUGUAAGAUAAAAGAUGGUACUAAAUUUUCGUUUUAAAACUACAGAAACAAUCAAAUAAAUAUUAAUCGGAAAAGCACACUAAAACAGCAAA